CCGGACUUUAGUGGACUUACAUGGACUCUAUCAGACAUUAGUGGACUUUACUGGACUUUUUUUUUACUUUAUUGAACUUUUUUGGAUCUUUGUGGACUUUAUUGGACCUUGGUGGACUUUAUCGAACUUGUUUGGACUUGAUUGUACUUUAUUGGACUUUGGUGGACUUUAUUGGACCUUGGUGGACUUUUUUUUUUGAUCUUGGUGGACUUUAUUGGACCUUGGUGGACUUUAUCAAACUUGUUUGGACCUUGGUGGACUUUAUCGAACUUGUUUGGACCUUAUUGGACUUUGGUGUACUUUAUUGGACUUUAGUGGACUUUAUUAGACUUGUUCGGACCCUUUUGGACUUUCGGGGACUUUACAGGACUUGUUUGGACUUUAUUGGACUUUGAGGACUUUAUUGGACUUGUUUGGACUUUAAGGACUUUAUUGGACUUGUUUGGACUCCAUUGGACCUUGGUGGACUUUAUUGGACUUGUUUGGACUUUAUUGGGCUUGGUGGACUUUAUUGGACUUGUUUGGACUCCAUUGGACCUUGGUGGACUUUAUUGGACUUGUUUGGACUUCAUUGGACCUUGGUGAACUCUUUGGACUUCAUUGGACCUUUGUGGACUUUAUUGGACUUUGACAUACUUUAUUGGACAUUUGUGGACUUUAUUGGACUCGUUUGGACUUUAUUGGACUUUUGGUGGACUUUAUUGGACUUUGACGAACUUCAUUGGACUUGUUUGGUUUUUAUGGGACUUGUUUGGACUUUUUCGGGACCUCGCAUGCUUGGGUUCUGGGGUCCCCCUGGCAUCGAGUAAAAAGGAGGUCUUAAUUCUGAGAGACUAAGUGAAAACUGGAAUGGAGUGGUGUCCAUGAAGCGAGGAAGGUGUAGACCUUGGCCGCACCUGAAAGGAUGAAGUUGUUGCUCCUGCUGCUGGCCCACACUGCCUUGCUGAAGGGCAGCGUGCUGAGGCAGCACAAAGGCACGCGGGUGACCCGUGUCCAGCGCCAAGCCAAGGAGUCGUGCUCGGAGUCCUGGAGGCCGGCCUCCCCACGGCGACCCCUAGUGGCCGUGUCCAGGAAGACCCACAGGAAGCUCCUUCGCAGGUCAAAAGACUGGCCUGAUUUCUUUCCGGGACCUUUCCAAGACCCCCACCAUGCGGACCUGGACCCCCCGGGGUCACCUCCAGCCUCCAGGUCCGCUCGCAGCCUUCAAGAAGACCGGAAGAAUUCCACUUCCAGCGGUCUUCUCCAAAACCCCGGCCGAGGUCCUCCUUCCAGCGGUCCCGAUCAGGACUGGUCCGAGGAGGCGGAAGGGGGCGGGGCCAGCAGGUGGGGCCAAGCCGUGCCGAGAGCUCCGCCCUCCUGGAUGACGGCGCUGCACUUCAGGGGCGGUCUGGAGGGGAUCCGCCUGAAGACGGGCGCUCAGGUGGACCUGCCCAGGGCCAAGUUCACCUUGGAACUGUGGAUCCUUCCGGAAGGCGGCCAGAGCGACCCUGCGCUCAUAGCAGGAGUCUACGACAGCUGCUCCCACUCCCUGAGUGAGAAGGGCUGGAGUGUGGGGAUCAGGACCAGAGACUCUUCAGGCGUGAGAGACGCAGGUUUCUACUUCUCACUUGGCACCGACCGAGCCCUGAAGUCCACCAGCGUGUUCAGUCCUCAUCCCUACCCGGCCAACACCUGGACUCACCUGCUGGUCACCUACGACGGCCACCACAUGAGCCUCUAUGUGGGCGGAGCCAAGGGGAUGUUUAUGUGCUACCUCUCGCAGGUCGGGGGGAGUGGUGUCCAGGUGGGAGAACUGUAUAGUCCCUUCAUGAAGACCUGUAGAACUUUCUUCCUGGGCUCCAACCAAUCAGAACGAGGACAAGCUUUCCGAGGUCUGCUGGGGGGCGUGGCCUUGUGGGACCAUGCCGUCUCUCAUGAAGACCUGAAGAUGCAACCGAGCCCACCUAAACCUCCUCUUCUGGCUUUCUGGGCAGACUUCACUAAUGUGGAGCAGAUGUUGACUCCGUGCAAGGCGGACUGGCAUCCAGAGAUCCUCCUGACUCCAGUACCUGACGUAGGACCGGUGUCCCCCUUCCUGGCGCCCCCUUGUGGCGUGACGUCCUGUGACAACCUGGACAUCAUGCGGGGCUACAACCGUCACUGGCAGCUGCGCUCUCCCAAGCGACUGCGCUACAGGAUCGUCAACCUGUGCCAGGACGACGGCCAGAACCCCACCGUGUCCCGGGAGCAGAUCCGGCUGCAGCACGGGGCGCUGACCGCCGCCUUGGCGCCGUACAACAUCACCUUGGACCUGAGCGUGCUGGCCGUCUCCAACUCCAGUCUGAGGCGCAGGCUCAUCCUCAGCAACUGUCACGUGGGCAAGAUCGGGAACGGGCGCUGCGACCCCGAGUGUGACCACCCCAGGACGGGUCACGAUGGUGGGGACUGUCUCAGGCCGGGACCUUGCUCCACCUGGAAGAGGCAAGAUGGCCGCUGUCAUGCCGAAUGCAACAGUGUCCUCUACGACUACGAUGAUGGAGACUGCUGUGACCCUCAGCUCACACACGUCCUCACCACCUGCUUUGAUCCACACUCACCUCACAGGGCCUACAUGAGUGUGAAAGAGCUGAAGCAGGAGCUCCAUCUGAGCGGCACCGACACGCUCAAUGUCUUCUUUGCCAGCAACUCUGUCCGAGAAGAACUAGCCGGAGCAGCCACCUGGCCGUGGGCCAAGGAAGCUCUGACACACCAAGGUGGAAUGGUGCUGAACCCCUCCUAUUUUGGCACAAGUGGCCACCACAACACCAUGAUCCAUGAAAUGGGUCACAUUCUUGGACUGUACCAUGUCUUCAAGGGAGUAAGCGAACGAGAAUCCUGCGACGACCCAUGUCAGGAGACAACAGCAUCCAUGGAAACGGGAGAUCUUUGUGCUGACACGGCACCGACACCCAAGUCCAAAAGCUGCCAUGAUCCUGGAGCUGUGAACGACACCUGUGGCACCACCGUGUACCAGGACACACCUUACAACAAUUACAUGAGUUACACAGAUGACAACUGCACCAACCGCUUCACCCCCAACCAGGUGGCCAGGAUGCAUUGCUAUGUUGACCUGGUCUACCAGAGGUGGCUGACGCAAGGUUUGCCCGCUCCCGUUCCUCUGGCACCGCUAAUCACCCAGCAGGGUCCGGAUUGGGUUUCCAUCUACUGGCCGGCGCCACUAGGAGGACCGCUACACCAAAGCUCCGCCCCCAACCUGCAAUCUGAAGUCAGCUGUCAGGAAUGCGAGGGAGGUGGCGUCUUCCAGCAGUACGCCCAGGAGGCCACCUCCACCCGCGUUUGCGACACCUCCGGCUACUGGACACCUGACGAGGCCAUCGGCAAACCGGACGUGGAGAAGUUGUGUGAACCCAGUCUACAAGCCUGGAGUCCAGAGCUCAGUCUUUACGACACCAACGUGACCUCACCGUGUCCACAACCGGAAGGCUGCACCCUCACGCUGAAGUUCCGCUACCCUCUUGUCCCACACACGCUCACCCUCUGGGUCACCUACAUCUCCGCAAGUAACCCCGCCCUGGCGGACGUGGAGCUGAUCCCAGACGCAGGUGAGAGCAUCCACCUGGGAGCGCAGCACGUCUUCUGUGACACACCCUUCACGCUGCGCCUGCCCGCCAUCCACGUGGCCGUGAGCGCCGUCAAGCUGAGCACCUUUGACGAGAAGCUGGAGGUGGACGCCGCCAUGUUGUCUUCCGGUCCUGCCAGUCCUCUGUGCGCCGCCUGUUCGCCUUUGCUGUAUCGGGUCCACAGGCGGCCUGCUUGGCGCGGUCCACCGCCGUCGCCUCGGACUCAGCAGACCUUCACGGACAGACGUGUAGAGAGGGGACAAGAGUACGAGUACGUGGUACAGGUCCAGGCUGGCGGUCUUCUGGGCAGUCCUUCGCCACCCCUACUUUAUACUCACGGACAGCCUUACUGCGGCGAUGGCGUCAUUGCAGGGGCCGAGGAAUGCGACGACGGCAAUCUGCUGGAUGCGGAUGGCUGCUCCAAGAAGUGUCUCCAGGAAAGUGGCUUCAACUGCCUUGGGGAACCGAGCCGCUGUUACGUCUUCGAGGGAGAUGGCGUGUGCGAGGAGUUUGAACGCGGUUCCAGUGUGCAGGACUGUGGUUAUUUCACACCUUUGGGGUACACGGACCAGUGGGCGACGAGCGCCUCGGCUUCUCAUCAGGACCCCGUCCACUGCCCCGCCCACGCAGCCACCGGCCAACCAUCAUUCCAUAAGCUCUGCAGGUACCAGUACACGGAUGAGAGGGAAAAACUGGCCAGGGAUGCUUGGUUUCCUUGUACGGCUCCUUCUGACGCAAAGAACAACCUCCGAGAUCCAUUCUGGCUCAAGGUGGGAUUUGUCCACUCCGGAGUGGCUACUUCAGUUCUGGUCUACGUGGCCUCAGGUGGAUCCUGGAGUGAAGGACAUCACCACAGAACAGCAACCAUCCUGCUUAUAGACACCACUGGCAGGAAUCACUCUUUAGGCACACAUAAUCUCUCUUGCCGUCGGAACCCGCUGAUAGUCAACGUGACCCAUGACCUCUCGCAGCCCUUCUUCCUGACGGCGUCGGUCGUCCUCCUCUUCUCCUCGCCCUCCGUGGCCGUCACCGCCGUCGCCUUGAGGACUUCCUGCCACUUCAGCACCUUCACCACGACCGGAUGUUUGAGGCGGACGUGUGAGAUGGACAUCUGCCAACCCCCGCAGAUCGAUCACGCCUCCGUCAGGUGUGCGGGAGGGGGGGAGUCCUCCCACUGCUCUGUUCAGUGUCGCCAUGGUUACAGCAUCACCGUCGUCAGCGGGAGGGACGUCCCGCCACACCAGAGCAAGACGGAGAUGGAGUGUUUCCAAGGACUUUGGGAGCGCGUGGUCCUCUGCCAGCCUGUGAACUGUGGUCUUCCUGGUCCCUCUCACGUCUACCACGCCAUCUUCACCUGUCCCUGGGGGACCACCUUUGGCAGGGAGUGCUCUUUCACCUGUGGACCUCCUGCCAUACUUCAAGGUGACAGCGACCGGUUGGUGUGUUUGGAGGACGGACUGUGGUCUCUCCCGGAGGCGUAUUGUAAGAUUGAGUGUUCCGAGCUGCCCAAGGUCCUCAAUGCUAAGCUGCUAACUGCCGAGUGUUUGGCCCCGAGUCACCCGGUGGGCACCGUGUGUCACUACAAAUGUCAGCCAGGGUUCUACCAGGCAGGAAGCGUCAACAACACCCCAAGGAAGUACCUGAAGUUGGAGUGCCAGGAGGGGGGCCAGUGGGGGCGUGGCAAGUGUGAGCCCAUAUCGUGCCCACCUUUACCUGACGUGUACCAGGGCAUGUUCACCUGUACCAACCACUUCUUCUACGGGACCACCUGUACUCUGCAGUGUCCGCAGCCCGCCGAACAUAGCGUGAUAAAGUGCAGCAAAGAUGGAAAAUGGACAGAAAACUUUUCCAUGUGUUCCAACAUCCAAGGAUUUUGUUCUUCUCCUCCUCAACUUCAUCAUGUCCAAUAUUUGUGUAGUGAAGGAACUCAUGUUGGUUCUGUGUGUUCCCCUUCUUGUGUUCUGAGUCCAGACAUGGAUCUUCAUGACCCAGUUCUGUUGCCUAGCAACACUACACCUGCCUCUUUGACACACUGGAUGCUUCCUGUCAAAGUACAGAAGGUGGUGUGCACAGGGAUGAAGAGGUGGUACCCAGACCCCGCCACUAUUUACUGCACCCCCUCCUGUGAGCCUUUUGGUGGAGACGGGUGGUGCGACACGGUCAACAACCGUGCCUACUGCCACUAUGAUGGUGGUGACUGCUGCCCUUCUACACUCUCCUCCAGGAAGGUGGUCCAGUUUGGGGCGGACUGCCACCAAGACCAGUGCACUUGCCUGGAUCCCGAGGCCCAGGAGAACCUAAGCAAGAACCUGGAAGGGAUCCAAUAGUUACAUGAACGUCUACAAAUAAUAUAAACAAACUAAAUGUUUUUAUAUAUGGGGACAUUCUUGUAAAAAAACCCAACAAGUAUUAGCAUCAUUGCUAAUAUAGAAACUCAGAAGUUUUUAAUCCUGCUAUUAUUGUUGAAGUUGGGUAUUAAUGAUGUACUGUGCAGCAAUACUACUAUAUCAUACUAUGAAGUAUCAUCUUCUUUAUUUAUCAGGUUUUGGUUUUAGCCGAGGCUAACAUUUAUGUUGUUGGAUUAGCUUUAGACUAGCAACUAUUAUCUGCCAUGGAAUGUAGUACUCACGUUCGAGUAAUGUCUACUCUAUUGUAUUAUUUUAUAGUCACAAUAAAUACAUUUUUGAUUGAUCAUA